AAGGACCCUCCCACUCCCCAGCGGAUCAUGAAUGCAGGAAGCUACGGAGCCGGCUUCGGCUUGAGGAUGUGGCUUCUGUCUGCCCUGCUGCUGUCGCUGCUUUCUGCAGUAUCCGGGGGUGCGGACUCCAAGGCUGUCACCACCACCCUCACAACCAAAUGGGCAGAUACCCCUCUGCUGCUGGAGGCCAGUGAGUUCCUGGCAGAGGAGAGCCAGGAGAAGUUCUGGGACUUUGUGGAGGCUAAUCGGAACAUAAAAGGAGAGCAUGAUGACACAGAUCAGGCCUACUAUGACCUGAUUGUGAAGAAAGCCAGUGCCUUGCUCAGCUCCGUCCAGGUGAACAUGCUCAAGUUCGCCCUCUCCCUGAGAGCCUACUCUGCAACAGUGUACUCCUUCCAACAGAUAGCGUCCAAUGAGCCUCCUCCCUCUGGCUGCUCAGCAUUUUUCAGCGUCCACGGAGAAAAGACGUGUAAUGAAGAAAGUUUAGAAGCGCUGCUGAAAACAGCAGCUGAGAGACCAAAGCCAUACCUUUUCAAAGGUGAUCACAAAUACCCAGGAUCAAAUCCAGAUGCUCCUGUUGUCAUCCUGUACGCCGAGUUUGGGAAACCGGAUUUCGACAGGCUCCACCAAGUCAUAUCAUCCAAAGUCUACGAUGGCCUGGCAACUUACGUGCUCCGCCAUUAUGUGGCGGAUCCAAGUGGAAAGAAAGUCUAUCUGUCGGGGUAUGGAGUGGAGCUGGCCAUCAAAAGCCAGGAGUACAAGGCAAAGGACGACACACAAGUCCAAGGGGCGGAGGUGAACGCUACAGUGAUCGGGGAGAACGAUCCAGUGGACGAGGUCCAGGGAUUCCUUUUUGGCAAACUGAAGGCCGUCUACCCAGAGCUGAAAGAGCAGUUACAGGAGUUAAGGAAACAUUUGGUAGAAAGCACCAAUGAAAUGGCCCCUCUGAAAGUCUGGCAAAUGCAAGAUCUGAGUUUCCAGACAGCAGCUCGCAUUCUUGCUGCUCCCGCUGUUGAUGCCCUCAACGUUAUGAAAGACCUCAGUCAGAACUUCCCCACCAAAGCCAGGUCCAUCACUAAAACUGUGGUCAACUCUGAGAUCCGCAAAGAGAUCGGAGAGAACCAAAAGUUUUUCAAAGGAACUCUGGGCCUGCAGCCCGGGGAUUCAGCCCUGUUCAUCAACGGGCUGCAUAUAGAUCUGGACACACAAGACAUCUUCAGUGUGUUUGAGGUGCUGCGCAGUGAGGCGAGGGUGAUGGAGGGCCUGCGCUCCCUGCAUAUCGACACGCCCUACAUCCAUGACAUCCUGAAACUCAACGUCCAGCCCUCUGACUCUGACUACGCUGUCGACAUCCGCAACCCUGCAAUCAGUUGGAUUAACAACUUGGAGACGGACCACAGGUACAGCUCGUGGCCUUACAACGUGCAGGAGCUGCUCAGGCCGACCUUCCCCGGAGUCAUCAGGCAGAUCCGCAAGAACUUCCACAAUCUGGUGAUCAUUCUGGACCCGACUCAGGAACACGCCACUGAGCUGCUGAGUGUUGCAGAGAUGUUUUACGCUAACAACAUCCCACUCAGGAUAGGGCUGGUGUUUGUGGUGUCAGACGAAGAUGACAUAGACGGCAUGCAGGAUGCAGGUGUGGCGCUGGUCCGAGCGUACAACUACAUCAGCGACGAGGUGGACAGUCAGAGCGCGUUUGAAGCUGUUAUCUUGAUGUUCAACAGGGUGCCCAUUGGUGGGAAGUUGAGUGUUGGUGACGUGGUGAAGGUGCUGGAGAAGAGGUUCCCCUACGUGGAGGUCAGCAGCGUCUUAGGAGCUGACUCCAGCUACGACAGCAACAGGAAGGAAGGGCGAGCGUACUAUCAGCAGACGGGGGUCGGCCCGCUGCCUGUGGUCAUGUACAACGGCAUACCUUACCAGCGUGAGCAGCUGGACCCGGACGAACUGGAAACGGUCACCAUGCAGAAGAUCCUGGAGACCACCACCUUCUACCAGAGAGCCGUCUACCUGGGUGAGCUGGCCACGGAUCACGACGUCGUGGACUUCAUCAUGAAUCAGCCCAACGUUGUUCCUCGCAUCAACCCCAGGGUGCUGUCCACCAGCAGAACAUACCUGGAUCUGUCUGAUACCAACAACUUAUUUAUUGAUGAUUACGCUCGCUUCUCGACUCUUGACACCAAAGAGAAGAGCACCGCUGUGGCCAACAGCAUCAACUACAUGACGAAGAAAGGGAUGACCUCCACCAACAGGCAUGAUGAUGGCUACAUCCGUCCAGUGACCUUCUGGGUGGUCGGAGACUUUGACAAGCCCUCAGGACGUCAGCUUCUUUAUGAUGCCAUUAGGCACAUGAAAACCAGCAACAAUGUCCGACUGGGGAUGAUCAACAACCCAACGGCCACUCCCUCUGCCGAGACAAGCCGCGUGGCCAGAGCGAUCUGGGCCGCCAUGCAGACGCAAUCUGCCAACAACGCCAAGAACUUCAUCACCAAGAUGGCUAAAGAGGAGACAGCCGCGGCCCUGGAGAAGGGAGUCGACAUCGGGGAUUUUGCUGUCGGGGGUAUGGAUGUGUCAUUGUUCAAGGAUGCAUACGAUGGUCCCAAAUUUGACUUCCUGCUCUCCCACGCUGCCUACUGCCGAGACGUGCUCAAACUGAAGAAAGGACAGAAAGCAGUCAUCAGCAACGGAAGGAUCAUAGGUCCACUGGAGGAGGAUGAGGUGUUUAACCAGGAUGACUUCCUGCUUUUGGAGAGCAUCAUCCUGAAAACGUCUGGAGAGCGAAUCAAAAGCAAAGUCCAACAGUUUGGGAUUGAGGAGGACAGGGCUAGCGACCUCGUGAUGAAGGUGGACGCUCUGCUCUCCUCUCAGCCCAAGGGAGAGGCCCGGGUAGAAUAUGACUUUGCAGAUGACCGCUACAGUGCUGUGAAGAUCCGCCCGAAGGAGGGAGAUGUGUACUUUGAUGUUGUUGCGGUGGUGGAUCCUGUAACCAGGGACGCACAGAAACUAGCUCCUCUCCUGCUGGUUCUGAAGCAGCUGGUAAACGUCAACUUACGGGUCUUCAUGAACUGCCAAUCCAAACUGUCAGAAAUGCCUCUCAAGAGUUUUUACCGUCACGUGUUGGAGCCAGAAGUGGCGUUUCAGGCUGACGGUAGUUUUGCUCCAGGCCCCAUGGCCAAGUUCCUUGACAUGCCUCAGUCUCCACUCUUCACCCUGAACCUCAACACUCCUGAGAGCUGGAUGGUGGAGUCUGUGCACACCCGCUAUGACCUGGACAACAUUUACCUGGAGGAGGUGGAGAAUAUUGUAGCAGCAGAGUACGAGUUGGAGCAUCUUUUGUUGGAAGGCCAUUGUUUUGACGUCAGUUCAGGCCAGCCACCACGUGGCCUCCAGUUCACCCUGGGAACCGCCUCCGACCCUGUCAUUGUGGACACAAUUGUCAUGGCGAACCUGGGUUACUUCCAGCUGAAGGCAAACCCAGGCGCCUGGAUCCUGAAGAUGAGGAAAGGACGCUCUGAUGACAUCUACAAGAUUUACAGCCACGACGGCACAGACUCUCCAGCAGACUCUGAUGACAUCAUCGUCGUGCUGAACAACUUCAAGAGCAGGAUCAUUAAAGUCAAGGUCCAAAAGAAACCAGACAAGUUCAACGAGGAGCUGCUGAGUGACGGGACCGAGGAAAACGACACUGGCUUCUGGAACUCUCUGACCAGAGGAUUCACAGGUGGAGGAAAGGCCGAAGAGCCAAAGCAGGAGAAGGACGACGUGAUCAACAUCUUCUCUGUGGCCUCGGGGCAUCUGUAUGAGCGGUUCCUCAGGAUUAUGAUGCUGUCAGUUCUGAAAAACACAAAAACUCCUGUCAAGUUCUGGUUCCUCAAGAACUACCUGUCCCCGACAUUCAAGGAGUUCAUCCCCCACAUGGCAAAGCAAUAUGGUUUCCAGUACGAACUGGUCCAGUACAAGUGGCCUCGCUGGUUACACCAACAGACCGAGAAGCAGCGGAUCAUCUGGGGCUACAAGAUCCUGUUCCUGGACGUCCUGUUUCCUCUCGCUGUCGACAAGAUCCUGUUUGUGGACGCUGACCAGAUCGUGCGAACAGACCUAAAGGAGCUGCGUGACUUCGACCUGGAGGGAGCUCCGUACGGUUACACACCGUUCUGCGAGAGCCGGAGGGAGAUGGACGGCUAUCGCUUCUGGAAGUCCGGCUACUGGGCGAGUCACCUCGCCGGGCGCAAAUAUCACAUCAGCGCCCUGUAUGUGGUCGACCUGAAGAAGUUCAGGAAAAUAGCUGCAGGAGAUCGACUCAGAGGACAAUACCAGGGGCUCAGCCAAGACCCCAACAGCCUUUCAAACCUCGACCAGGAUCUGCCCAACAACAUGAUCCAUCAGGUGCCCAUCAAGUCUCUGCCUCAGGAGUGGCUGUGGUGUGAGACCUGGUGUGACGACACCUCCAAGAGGAGCGCCAAGACGAUAGACCUGUGUAACAACCCCAUGACCAAGGAGCCCAAGCUGCAGGCUGCGGUGAGGAUCGUGGCCGAGUGGACUGACUAUGACCAGGAGAUAAAACGUCUGCAGACCAGAGUCCAGGCGGGAGUAAACAACACAAAGAAACAGAAAGGCACAGGCACAGGCACAGAUGUUCACAUAGAGCUGUGAGGAUCCUGAAGCAGCUGUGACGAGGCGGUGAACUGGACUCUGUUUAAAGAGUCUGCUUCAUGAAGAGAGGCUCCUCUCCUGCCUUUGGGGACUGCUGGCACACUGACCACAAACCAGUGCGGCAUGGUUUUGUUUCUGUUCUUUUUAUAACGUGUGAAGGGGAGUCAAAGCAGUCAGGUUGAAGAGGUUUUUCUGUGAGCGUGUGUGCAAGUGGUGAGAAUGUGUUUUGUGAAGCGAUUCGUGGAUAUACUGUUUUUUUUCUCUCCGGUAUAGAUUUAUUUCCCCUGUAAUAGAUGUCAGUCUGUACGUUUGCACUGAUGGGAUUCUGGUUCGGGCUGUGGUCGGACCACAAAGGGAGGAGGACCUUAGAAAUCGUGCUGCUGGUUAACUUGGGUUUUAAUCUGACAAACUGAACAUUUGGUGUUGGGAGGGGUUUCAGCUCACUGACGGGAAGAAGGGCACGGUCACGCAUGAGCAUAAUUAACUUUAGCAAAUAUUUGCCCCCGUUCACUUCCAUUCAAUACGAGUGAAGGCACGAAUAAAAGAUACACUCCUGGUAUCUUUGCGCUGCAUGGAGUUCAACUUUAGUGAAGUCGCAGCCUCAACCAACCGCAAACAAGUACGGGUGGAAGAGACGUUGACUGUUGCCAUGUUUAUCCAGCUGUUGUUGUAUGGUAAUGGACAUGAAAAAUACAAACUGCCCCACAUGAGAUGCUACCUGGCUGACAGAGAGUUAGGAAA